AAGAGAAGAGGAGCAAGAGGAGGGUCCGCACCACCUUCACAACAGAGCAGCUGCACGAGCUAGAAAAGAUCUUCCGUUUCACCCACUACCCGGAUGUCCACAUUCGCAGCCAGCUGGCAGCCAGGAUCAACCUCCCAGAAGCACGGGUGCAGAUCUGGUUCCAGAACCAGCGAGCCAAGUGGAGGAAGCAAGAGAAGACCACCGGCCUUGGGGCUCCGCAGCAGCUGAGCGAGGCCGCCAUGGCCCUUCCCACAAAUCUGGAUUUGGCCGUCCCCAUGCCGACACAUGCUAAUCUGCACAGGCUGGCUCCUCCCUCAGAGUGCUGUCCACCGACUCAAGGUCAACUGGCCUCUGCCUGGUUCCCAGCCCGGAUCAACCUCCUCCCAUGGCACCCAUGGGGGACACAACCUCUCCCAGGUGCUGUCAGCCAGCAGACCCAUGCCCCUGUGCUCUGUGUCCUUCCACCUCCGCACCCCAAAUGGGGCAGCAUCUGUGCUACUUCGACACAGGGAUCGGACAUCUUCUCCACAAAUGAGACACUUUCCUCUCUGGGUGAUGGCAGGUGGCAGCUGUUCCCCGGGCCAUGGAGGGAAUUGAUCUCAUAA